UUCCUAGCGUUGACCAAACUGGUGAAACCUGAAUGUUGGUUCUUAUACAAGGGUCUCUGUGAUUGCCUUGGAAUUUGUGGAGCCGUAUUGCGCAUGCGCAGCUUCUGACAGCGCCGCGCUCGUGGAGACGCACCGCACACAAACCUCAUUCAUUUCCUCUCCACUCGGAAGGGGCAUCCCUGCUCUCUCUCUCUCUCUCACGCGUUUGCUUUCCCUGUUUCCUGCAAUCCAAGCCGUCUUCACCCUCACCAUGUCAAACAAAGAGGAGAAACCAGAAGGAAAGGAAUCGAGCUGGAAAGAUUUUAUCUACAAUCCGCGCACGGGGGAAUUUCUGGGGCGCACUGCAAGCAGUUGGGCUCUCAUCUUCCUCUUCUAUUUGGUCUUUUAUGGCUUCCUUGCUGGGAUGUUCUCUCUCACCAUGUGGGUGAUGCUGCAAACACUGGAUGAUUACACUCCCAAGUACAGGGAUCGAGUCGCCAACCCAGGUCUGAUGAUCAGACCCAAGAAUCUGGACAUGGUAGUAAACCGCUCUAACUCACAGCAGUACAGCAAGUAUGUCCAGGAGCUGGAGGACUUCCUCCUGGAUUAUAACGAUACGCUGCAGGAGCAGAAUGUGCAAUGCAAAGAAGGUGACUAUUUUGACCAGGACGGUCCAGAAGAGAAACAGGUAUGCCAGUUCAAGCGCAGUCAACUGCGUCAGUGUUCUGGUCUGGCUGAUACAAACUUUGGAUAUAGCGAGGGACAACCCUGCGUGUUAAUCAAGUUGAAUCGGGUUAUAGGUCUAAAGCCCCAAGGACAGCCAUAUGUCAACUGCACGGCCAAGAGAGAAAUUCCUCUGCAGAUGCUGUAUUUCCCAACUGAGGGCCGCAUUGACAAGAUGUAUUUCCCCUACUAUGGCAAGAAAUCACAUGCUAAAUAUGUGCAGCCACUGGUGGCAGUAAAGCUGCAGCUAACUGAGCAAGACUAUAACACACAACUGACCAUUGAGUGUAAAGUGGAGGGCUCCAACCUGCGCAACAACGAUGAACGUGACAAGUUCCUGGGUCGAAUCACCUUCCGCAUUACAGUGACCAAGUAGACUGGGUUGCUCACCGGAGCUGCACGAUGUCCAUCACUCGCAUCCCAGUCCCACAACCUGUUCUCCUUACACACACACUUGCAUGAGGUAGCCCCUCGCUCCUCCCAUGUCACACUGCCUCUUGACAUCUUGAGGGUGCUUGGCAUUUAUCGGUACUGUACUUUAAAGGUAGGUUCAUAACAGGGCAAUGGGCGGCUCAUAUAGUAAUGUGUGUAGUGUGUGUGUGUGUGUGUGUGUGUGUAUAUAUAAAUAUAUAUAUUUAGAUUUCAAUUAACACUUCGUCCCUUCUACACACAAACCCCUUCACUGGAAAAUUUAAUAAAAGUAAGUGCACAUUCAGCGUCCCUCAACCCAUCUCUGUAAGACACAAAGCUAGUGACAUCGUGCAGGAAGCAGGGACCUGUAAAUAGACGUGUCAGAGCAUAGAGUUGUAUGUCUAUUCCCUCUUAUAGUGCUGUGCAGCCUGCUGUGUGUGUGUGUGUUUGUGUGUGUGAGUGAGUGAGAUAUGUAUGUAUAUGUGUAUGCGAGUGCCAUAAUGUGAAGUCUAUAUGUACAUAUUUAAUGGAUUUUAAAGACACUUUUUUUUUCUUCCUGUAUCAUCACACACUAUGUCUGACUGCUGUAAGAAAUCAAGGCUAUGAUACUAUAUAUGUAAUAAGAAUUGUAAUUUAAGAUUUUGGAGAAAUGAAAAGGUUAUUAAGGUGGGGUGGGACACACGCAAGUCUUUUUCCAAUCCAUCACUACCAUCCGAGGAAAGUGAUUUUUUAAAACCUCUGCAGAAACUGUACUUUGUGCAGAUGCCUUAAGAUCUGUUUGGAAACAACUUCAAAUAAAGGAGAUUUUAAACAAGGA